AUGUCCCGACCGCCUACUCCCUCCGAGAUACAGUAUAUGGUCAAUCAUGCUCAAGAUGAUCUGAGAACAGCAAUGAUAGUGAGCAGUGCCGUCGCUGGGGUCAUGUCAAUCGUGUUCGUGGCCUUGCGAAUCGCAGCAAGGAAGCUACCUGGUAUUCCCUUCGGUGCAGACGAUUGGUGGAUGUUUUUCUUGUUUCUCGGCACGCCGAUAACAUUCGCGUGGACCACAAGAUACGGCGCUGGACGGCAUGUGAUUCUCCUUACAGAUCCGAAAACCUUCUCCACGUUGUUACUCAUCGCGGAGAUCCUCUACUUCACGAACAUAUACACGAUCAAGAUAUCACUGCUGUAUCUUUACCGCCGCAUCUUUCCCCUCCAGUGGUUCAAGCGUGUCCUUUUGGCGUUCGGAAUAUUUCUAACGGCAAUGACGCUGGCUUCUUUGCUGGUCUGCGUUCUUCAAUGCAUACCGCUUCAGAAGAUGUGGAACCCGGCUGUGUCUGGCCACUGUGUCGAGUUUGGAAAGUUUGCCCUGGCUAUGUCGUGUAUCAACAUUUGUACCGACGUUUUCAUGCUUGCUCUGCCCUUACCGGUCGUCUGGGGACUCAAAAUCAACGCCACCCAGAAAUGGCUAGUGAGCUUGUCAUUCGUCAUGGGAGGAUCUGCCUGCAUCGUCUGCCUUAUCCGGUUGCUAUUCGUACUUCGAGUGGCCUCUACACCGGAUCCGACUUGGGACAGCAUCCCGUCCGGCAUUACAUCUACCUUCGAGCUUUCUGUUGGUAUUUUUGCGGCCUCCUUCCCAACGUAUCGCCCGCUGUACAAAAUGAUAUUCAAGGGUAAAGGUGCCGAUACGACUGCACAGAGCAGCGGCUAUGGGAGUGGACAGUCUUCUCAGAGGAAGCGGUCCCGAACCCAACGCGCUGAGCCUCAUCGGAUCAUAAAGAUGACCACGAUUCGGAGCGAGACGGGUCCACGGGAUACAGAUGAGGAAAGACUGUACGUGGUGGGGUCAGAUCUCGACACAAACCGGGACGGUUCGCCAUGA